AUGUACGAGGAGUAUGCGGCUGUCUCGUUCACUCUUGACAAGUGCAUGGACCACGACUAUUGGCGGCAGUUGCAUAAAGACAAGCACUACGAUCAUCGCCUCAUCCAGCGACGUCUCGAGGCCCUCUACGAGCUUCAAUUAAGCGGCGAUAUCCUCGACUUGAUCGACUACAUAAGAAGCGGGCUUGUUCGCAACCUCGGAAAUAUCCUUGCACCCAAAUUAUACAAUCGCGCGUACAACGGCACGAAAUUGCUCAUCGAAGAUUAUGUUACGCAGGUCGCGCACGGCAUUGAAUUUCUCUCACAUGCACCUACCUCCGAGGAUGGUACAGCUCUGACUGCUCAGAGGAAGCUGGACGUUCUACAUGAUAUGAGGUCAACCUUCGGCCGAUCGGCAUUAGUGCUUCAAGGAGGAGCCAUUUUCGGUCUUUGUCACCUAGGAGUCGUGAAAGCACUGCUUCUUCGAGGACUUCUUCCACGGAUCAUUUCUGGGACUGCCACGGGCGCUAUAAUCGCAGCAUUGGUCUGUGUCCACCCAGAGGAUGAACUACUAGACGUCCUAAAUGGUGGGGGAAUCAAUCUGGACGCAUUCGCGAACCGGAAUAAUGAAGAUGGCAAGUGGUAUCAAACACUCACUCGACGCAUCAAGCGAUGGUGGAAGCUGGGUCACUUUCUAGACGUAGACGUACUCGAAGAGCUGCUCAGAUCAAACAUUGGCGAUAUCACCUUCGAACAGGCAUACGAGCGCACAAAGCGAGCUUUGAAUAUCACCGUCACUCCGAAUGGUGGUGAUAGCGGCGUACCGAACUUGUUGAACUACAUGACCGCUCCCAAUGUCCUCUCAAUGCAACCUUCGGUCCCUGGACGCAUGCCUAUUAUCGUGAUCGACAAUCACCUUUGCACCGUCUAA